AUGCGUCGAUCAUGCGCGGGAGUGAGUGUGUCGUGUUUGUGCUGGGUGCGCAACGCCACGGCGUCGUCGGUGGAGGGACGCGGGGCGGGGGAGGCGGAGCCCUCGCCCUCGCCCUCGCCCGCGCCCGACGCGGAGGCGCCGCGCCGCCGCCGCCACCGCCCGCUCUACCGCCGGCUCUUCCACUACUUCCGGACCGCUUGGACCGGCGUCAAGUUUGCUCUAGGUCUCACAGAGCAGUCAGAGAACUCCGAGCUCGAGGAGUUGGGUGAGCAACUCCCGCGCUACCGACCGGACUCCAUAGCGGCCCUGCGGCGCGUCACACGCUUCACGGAGCCCGAGCUGAAGCGCCUUUACCGCGGCUUCAAGGCCGAGUGUCCCACGGGCGUGGUCAAGGAGGACACCUUCAAACUAAUCUAUUCACAGUUCUUCCCACAAGGAGCUAACACUGCACAGUACGCCCACUACGUUUUCAACACGCUGGACCAAGACAGAAGUGGAUUGUUAAGUUUUGAGGAGUUCGUGACGGGCCUGUCGGUGCUGUCAAGAGGUAGUUUAGAAGAGAAGUUGCGAUGGACGUUCUCCCUGUACGAUAUUAACGGUGACGGCUGCAUCACUAAAGAGGAGAUGACCGACAUAGUGACGGCCAUCUACGAUCUGAUGGGCCGGGUGGUGGAACCCUCGGUCGAGGAUGAAGUGGUACAGCAGAAGGUUGAGAGACUGUUUCAGAAAAUGGAUCUUAACCGCGACGGUGUUGUGACAUUGGACGAAUUCCUGGACUGUUGCGUGCGCGACGAGGACAUCUCGCGCUCCAUGGGCGUGUUCGACAGCACCUUCUGACAUCCUGCUGACGGCGCGGGCGCCUCCAACGCCGCGCACCGCCGCGCCGCCCCGUGACAAAGGCCUUUGAGUGCCCCAUUUCUGCUCGGGACUUAGGGCUUCGUUAAAAAUAAUCCUUUAAUCUCUAAGGGCGACGCGGCUUUUAAGGAUUACCGAAGCUGAUGCGUUGCCAUCAACAAACUGCGUGAACGCGUUAUUUAGGCUCCGGUACGCGAAAUUCUUACUCGGUACUUGGAUCCGCUUUUUGUCUUAAAUUACUCUUCUGACUGUGAUCUUGUAUUCAGUCAUUUGAUGUGUAAGGCGUGCGGAAAGCCUCAAUAAACCUUGUCCCUCAAUGUUUUAAUUAAGGUACCUAGUUAGAUCUAUCUGUAUGUGAUGUUUAAAAAUUGAGGCUAGGUGCUUUAAUUUCCCGCCGGUUUUAUAUUUUCAAUAUUACCACACCGUGAAAUUAAAGGACCAGUGAUUGCUGCCAUUUGUGAAUUAUUGCCUUAGAAAGCUGGCCAUUGUUUGUCUUGCAUGUGGUACAGACAUAAGAUUACUACUUAAUUCUUAUUACUAACACGUUCUUCUGUAGAAAAGUAUUUUUCGGGAAAACUAAUACCUAUGCUAUUUAACGAAUCUUUAGCAACUUGGCUUUUAUCCUUGCCUUUUUUACAAAACUGGCAAUAUCGAUGUCCCUUAUGAAGUUACAGUGAUCUGGUUGCCAAUUACAACUUACAAGCAUAUUACCUAUGUAUCUAUAUAGAUACAAUUGCCAAUAUCAUUAAAAUGGACCUUAUCGUACCUACCUACCUACCUUUCCACAAGAAUUGCAAUUUAAGCGUGCUUCAAGAUUCGCAGCUUAUCUUGUAAUGUAGAAUUCAAUAAUAAUAUACCUUUUCUGUCAAUACCUAGUUUUAAUGUUGGGCACACUAGAUAUAGAGCCCCUCGCCCCUCGGUAAAAAUAUUGACCAACUUAAAUUAAGUAAAGUCUUUCAUAGCACUUACAGGGUGCCACCGUUCAGACGAAUAAAGCUGAGGCGAUUGAUAACUAGGUUUAAUUAUUAGGUAUCGAACCCCUCUGUAUGUGUGUAUGUUUCGUGAAAAUUAUUAGUACGAUGCGCCUGAAUGGUGGCAACCUGUAAUUUCCUUAAUAUAUAUUAGCUACAGCUUCUCUUCUGUUUUCGAAACUGUCGAUUGUCUUUAAAAAGUCAGCGAGAAAGUGAUCAUAAAAGCGUAAAUAGCGUUUGAGAUUUUUCUCCGUGAGAGGAAUUACCAAUUUCGUGACUGCAAGUCCAAACUUAUUUCAACUAUCAAAUCUCAAUUCUUAUCUAAAUUUCUCUAAUACUAUUGUAAUAUAUUUCAUUAGAUUAUGUACUGUAAGCAUUGCCACAUUUCGUCUAUAGUUGGCUUUUAGUCUGUCAUAUCUAAAACACUCGUUACUUCCCCUCUUAUUUAAAUUGUUCCGGCCAUUUUUAAUAGUGUUUAGUGUUAAAAUACCUGUUUAAGAUGUUUCAUAGUCUAUCUACCCAUCAUUCAAAUUUUAUCACAUCGACUAACAAAUGUUUCGAUCCUUAAUAUGCGUGUCUGUGUUGUUUGUAGACUAUUAAAUAUUAACUUACAUCUUACUCACUAGAUGGCCUAACAAAACAGUAUAUUGUCGCUGAACGUCGAAUUUAUAUUUAAAAAAAAACAUUUCAGUCUAUAAAACGGUCACAAACACUGCCACAUAAUAAAAAUAGAAAAAAACAUUGGUACUUUGUUUGCUUUUUCUUGUGGCGACAAUAAUUUAGAGAUUUGAGAUGUUAUUGAUUAUGAUUAUUUAUGUGAUAUACACGGUGGCUAAAAAUAAGUGCAUUCCCGUUGCCAGGGAGGUUUUGGGAUUAUACUGAGCAACUUUUACUAUGGGACCAACCCCGAAAUCGCGAAAAAAUUUUUGGCUGGUCCAUUUUCUAUGGGAGGGUAAAUUGUUUUUUCGCGAUUUCGUGGUUGAUCCAAUAGUAAAAGUUGCUCUGUGUAAUCCCAAAACCUCCCUGGCAACGGGAAUGCACUUAUUUUUUAGCCACCCUCUAUAUUAGUCUUCAAAUCCAAAGCUAAAAUAUUUUAAAUCUCGGUUACCUACAGAGGGCAAUAUUAGGACAAACUAAAGGAAAAUAUUUUCUAUGAAAUUAUCAAACUGUAAAUAUCAUUGUAUAUAAAUUAUUGUACUGGACUGUAUAUAAAUUAAUGUGUAUAUUUUCAUAGUGAAUGUUAAAUGGAACCAAAUAACUAGAAUGCAUAUUUAAAAACUUGUAUCAGAAUAACUGAGUGUGCAUGUUAUGCAGUUAAAAUACUUAAAAUUAAAAAUUACGAUAUAUUGUGAUUAACAAGUGAUGAAAAAGUAUUGUAAAAUAUUUUAUUUUGAUUUAACGAGAGAUAUAACAGAAUGGCCGUCAUUUUAAAAUAGCUCUGUAAACACGGUGUAUAUUUUCGAACAUAAAAAGUUAAAACAUUGGUCGAGCUUACAUAGAUAAGUGGUUUAUGUACGUCUUCCUUAAUAAAAUAGCUACGACGUUAUGUUUCCAAAAUAGGGCAAUAGCAUGGUAUGAGAUAGUGCAAACUUUUAAAACUUUGGUACUUAUACCAUGUAAUACCAAGAUUAUAGGCUUUUUUACCAUUCAUUUGCCUAAUAAUGACAUCAGAAUUACAAAAAAGUGCGAGGCAUUCUGUUAAGGAAUAUUUUAUCUAAUAGUACAUUGUUAUGGCUCAAAGAGUUGGCCAAUAGGCAAAGUUGGUGUUGUGUCCAACAUUGCAUGGCACACAGCGACAUUGACGUUAGGCAAUUUAAUAAUGUGUCAUUUGUGUCACGGGCUUUAUUUGUAUUUUUUAUUUUUUUAUUGUUUAAUACCACGAGCCGUCAUGAAUUUUAACUCCUGUUAAGUUAAAAACAGAAAUAAUAGAUAAGAAUUCAAAUAAAGUCUUAUGAUAUUUAAAAAUUAGAUGUUUAUUAGAUAGAGUUUACCUAAUUAUUCCACGUAAUCAAUUGUAUGACGUUUUCAUCCUAUAGUCAAGUGAUGACAGACCGCCAGUUAAUGUUAUUUUAUGUUUUGUAAAGUAGAAUAUAGAGAGAGUGGUGGAAUUGCGAAGACUUAAUUAAUGUUAUCGUACUAAACUUACUUGGGCGAAAACAAAAACCUUGCCGUUUUUACCCGAAACCGUAUGGGGUAAUUGAAACAGUCCGCGGGGGAAAUGGAAACACUGUAGAUUUUCAAUUUAGUAUCACUUUUCAAGGAUCUUUUUUUACCUCACGGGAUACAUUGUAUAACAAUUUACAAAGAAAAAACAGGUUUACACAAAAGUCAGACAUGAUAUUCAAAGUCCGACAGUCGUACUUCACUCGCGAAACGCUCCAAACGAAACGAUAAGUGAACGUGACGUCAAGUUUACUGAGAGACCAUUUUGAAUGUAUGGACAAAAUAAGAAAAUUGCGUUUUUUUUCGGUGAAAUAUUGCGUUUAUGUAUAUAGUUGCCUUAUAAUAUUUUUUUUUGAUGAAAUGUAAGGAAUCGAAUGGUACCCUUACUUUUUUCCUUUUUGGAAGUUGAAAAAUUACUUAAAUUUUGAAACUUUCAGGUCCUGUAUUUUUAUAUUAUUUCCAUAUAUUAUUUAAUAUCUACAUUAUUAUGAUAAAUUGCUCAUUUGCUAUCUAUGUUACUAGAUUUACCUAUUGUAAUGGUGAACUUGAAACCACCUGGGGUUUGAAAGCAGAUACUAAUACAAGAUAAUAACAAAAUUUGGAGUCCAAAAACUCCAUGCUUACCUACAUCUAUCAUGAUAUAUGAUAAAAAUUAAAACAUUUUGUUCGAUUAAUUGCGACCACAUGGUACAAAGUUUCCGAAUCUUAGUCACUAAUUAGGCACAUAAAGGCCUCUUUAUAUUUGUGUGAAACCUACUAAAUUUUUAUUUUUUUGCAUAUACAAGUAGGUAUACAUAUAUCUCAUUGUUUUUAACAGGGACUGAAAACCGCAAAAGACCGGUAUCCAACAGUAACGGUACUCGAAUAAAACGGCAAUAGACUGGUAACCUAAAAAAAGGUAUCAAUUGAAAAGGUAUCGGUACAGUAACGGUACCCGAAUAAAUAACAUUUAAUAGGUACCUUUUUAAAACGGUACCGCUAAGGUUGAGCGUUUCAAGUAGAGGUACCGGGUACAUGACCGAAAAAUGAGAACCGUUUUUUCUAAUUUUGAUCUCAGAUUCAUAAUAAAGGUCCUCUCGGAUCCUCGGAUAUUGAUUUUCAUCUUGAACAGAGCAAAAACGCAAAAAUUCCAAUUAGCGGGUUUUUUAUUUAUUUUGACUUCAAAUUCGUAAAAAAGAUCCUGUCGCCCCUGUCGGAUCUACACAUAUCGAUUUUCAUCUUGAUCCACGCAAAAAAUCCGAUCGCGCGGCAAGGUACUUUUAUAUAAAUAGGUACCGUUUGGACAGAAGCUUGUUUAGAUACCUAAAGUACCCAGGUAGCAAAAUGACGUCAGGGACGUCAUAAUGACGUCAUUUUACGUCAUUUUGCUACCUGGGUAUAUAGAUAUCGGUACCAGAAUGCUACUUUAUCGGUCGGAUACCCGGUCAAAAUCAUUUUAACGGUACUUUUAUUUAAAGGUACCGAUUGGACGGAAGCUUGUUUGGAUAGCUUAAGUAUUGAUACUGGUACCGGAAUGCUACUUUAACGGUCGGGUACCUUUAAAAAGACCGGUCAAAACCGUUUGUAAAGGUACUCUUUCAGUCCCUGGUUUUCCCACUCUCCCCUACUCUUAAAAAGUAUCUCUGUGACCUAGAUAUCCCUUAUAUCAUAUAUGCUUACAUAAUAUAUUACAAUGCCAGGUAUUAAAUAUCGAUACGGACAAAGUGCCAAUAAAUACAUAUUUUUGGCACUUUGUCCGGGGAUCGCUUGAACCUACCUAACUGCAAAAAAUGCGACUCGAAUCGAAUGGCGGACGCCUGAGAGCUUACCGCGAAAAUAGAAAUUUCGUUAUUUGCCUCUCUAUCGCUAGUAGAUAUAUGCAAUAAUGAUAGAUUUAAGCAGAUUACCUAUGGAAACCUACCUAUCACUAACGAAAUUUCGAUUUGCUCGGUAGGCCCUCUGAGCUCUAUCCGUGGAAGGUAGGUCGACAGUCUCAACUCGAGACGCAAACUAUAUAAUACAGGCAGUACCAUAAUCAUUGGAUUUAUAAAAUAUUCUUAUUCUUAUUGCUCAUACACAUGCCGGCCGAAUUCAGUUUAUUUAGAAUUGAAGCUCAAUCUCAAUUUAGUCCUAUGACUAAGAAACUCUUUUCUAGGUGGCAGCUUACCACCCUUGCCAUGACCAACCAUGACCAACCUUUUGGAACAAUUAUUUUCACCAUACGUUCGGAAGGGAAUGUAUGAAAUCCUUGUGCAAAGUGCAACAGUGGAAAGAAAUCUGCUUGUAAUGCAAAUUUUGAGUAGUUUCUACCUACAAUUAUUUUUUCGUGAUACCUACUCGUAUUGUGUGAGGUGAAAAAUGUUACAAAUUCGACAGCAAAGUGACUGCGACUCUUGUCUUUGAAAUCACGAGCGAGUAGUUCAAUUUUGGUAUCUUUCGCUUGCUCAGGGCUCAAACUUUGCUCUCUUGUGUAACAAAUACCUACUUUGCGUAUAACAAAUUCUAACAUCGCUUACCUAGUUUCUAAUUAAUUUAUAUCCCAUCUUAGAAACACAUCUUGCAGGCACAUGCAAAUUGUUAUUCGAUUCCUUUAGUAAGUAUAUUUUAUAAGUAUUGUUAUCACUGAUCCCUUCAUAAUUGAAGUGCCAAAGCCAAGAAAAAAUGUUACGAUUUGUUGAUGUGGAAUGAGUAUGUUAAAGCUAGCAUAUUUUAAAUUUUAUUGCUAACGAAAUCGUUGUCAACUUAUGUCACUGCAAGGAAUUGAGACUUCAGAAAAAAUGCAUUGCAAAUUGCAACAGUAUCAGAACAUAGGCCUACUAAGAAAACAUGUCAUAAGCGCGCUCCAGACCAGACUACGCGGCGCGAAGCCGCGAACGCGAGUGUGGAGUCGAUUUCGCGGAUUAGCGAACUAGACUCCAGACUCGCAUUCGCGGCUUCGCGCCGUGAUUCGCGCAUGAGUGUGGAGGGCCCUGUAGGUUUGCCUUAGUUUUCAAUCUAGAACCAGCGAUUGGUGUUAGUUACUUUAGCGUAGUUAUUGCUAUCGUCCUAUAACGUAGGACACUUCUUGUAUCUGUAUGUCACCGAAUAAUGUUGUGAAUAAUUUUGUUCUACAGUAGCCCGGUUACUUGGUGUAUAUUCGUAUCUACGUGUAGAACUUCCUCUUAUGUUCGGGAGUCUGUUAUUCAUUUCACGGUCGUAUUUAGUUUUGUGACAGAAACACCGAAAAAUACUACAUAUCAAUAAUGUGUAAUAGACCUUACAUAAUAGACUUCAUACAUGUUGAACAAAGGUUUUUAUUAGUUCUCAUUAACAUAUGUAAUGGUUUGAACUUGUACUCCUAUCCUAUAUAUUACAUAUUUUUUUUUUGCAUCACUGAACCAUUGAUUUGAUUCGUAUUAAGUAAGGCGUGUGAGAUACAUUUUAGAAAUGAAAUCUGUAAUGUUAGAUAUUUGAAUAUUGAAUUGUUUAUUUACAAAUUUUAUGUGUAUUUUAUAGAAAAAUAAAUGAAUGUGAAGUAA